AUGGCCUCAGAACACAGAAUCAGCUCCGAUGGUAUCGCUGAACCGAUCGAAAACGAAGACUUGGCUUACAUAAGCACAAGCGAACAGUUUCCCUCCGACACGAGUCUCAAACAACUGCGAAGAGACCAAACAGAUGUGUUCUUUUCCCGUAGUGAGGAGAAUAGAUACACUCCUAGAUCGAUUUUGAUAGACUUAGAACCCUCGGUAAUAGGAAAGGCAAUGUCGGCAAUGCCCAUGUUUAAUUCACGUAAUGUUCAUUUGAGCGAGAACGGCGCUGGAGCAGCCAAUAACUGGCAACGGGGCCAUGCCUACGCAUCCCAGCAUGAAGAAGAAUUGAUGAACUUGAUUGAUCGGGAGCUAGACAAAUGUGAUAAUCUCUCCACAUUUCAAUUAUUUCAUAGCGUAGCAGGAGGAACGGGGUCUGGUGUGGGAAGCUACUUGCUAGAGCUUCUAGACGAUAGAUACGGGAGUAAGAAACUUAUCACCACAUAUUCGAUCUUUCCAUCCAAUGAGAAGACAUCGGACGUUGUUGUACAGCCAUAUAAUACCGUGUUGACGCUUCGAAGGCUCAUUGAUCACAGCAACGCUACCUUUGUGUUUGACAACGACUCCUUGAAUCGCUUAGAGAGCACUCUUUUGAACAGUUCGUCUUCAUUUGCGCAUGGGGCGUUCACGGGAGAAAAUAAGCUUAUAUCAUACAUCGCUUGUGGAGUGUCAAAUCCGCUCCGCUUCCCCAGCUACACCUAUAGCUCGUACGAGUCUAUCUUGGCUACACUUGUGCCAACGCCCGAUUUGAAAUUUCUUUCCUCUGCCAUUGCACCAUACUCGAAUAUUCCAGGUUGCGCACCCAAGGGCAACUAUGUCAGUCUUAAUGAAAACGAUAUUGUGCUUGAGCUUCUCAAUGAAAAAUAUAAGAUGAAUCAAGUUCACGAGUUACCUAAAUACAUCACAAUGCUUGACUACAUAAUUGGAGACAGAAUUAGUCAAUCAGAGCUCCGAAAGGGUUUAAUUCGAGCACAACAGAGGACCACAUUUGUGCCGUGGACUUCCUCAGUGAUCAAUGUGGUUAAUGGCAAGAGACCAUAUGGCGAGCCUAAACGAGGAUUGAGCGGCUUUCAAAUUUCAAAUAAUACGUCCAUCCAGCACAUGUUUCACAAAAUCGUUCGCCAGUACGAGCUUUUGGCCAAGCGUGCCGCAUACAUCAAUUUCUACACCGAAACAAAUGACCCAGCGGAGAGAGCUCAGGUGCUAGAUACUUUCAACGAUUGCAAAGAGCUGAUAUUGUCAGUGAUUGACGAGUACAGAUCAUGCACGUCCCUCAGCUAUCUUGAUGACGAACAACUAGAUGACCAGAUGAUUAUGUAG